CAGAGGAAAACUUGGACAAUUACAUCAGAACAACAACUUCCCAGUAUGCAAACUUAAUUAAUCCUGGUCAUGAAGGAAGUCGAAUAAUUUACUUCGAUCGAUUUGAAAAGAAAUAUUACUGUGACUUGAUAUCAAGAAGUACAUUUUGACACGUUAUCUCCAUACAACGAAAACAAUGCCACCAGGGGUCGAGAAAGCUGAAAAGAAAUCCAAAUAUGGUUGCUUGAGCUUUCGGCCGAGCUGCGUUCAGUUCUUGAAUACUAUAAGAUGGCAUGUGUUUUGGCAUUGUGUUUUCGCCUUCUGCGAAGGCUUCAUCGUCAACGGUGUCAUCAACAUCAUCAUCGUGACUCUGGAAAAGCGAUACGAACUAACUAGUCAGAAGUCUGGAAUGAUCGCAUCAGCCAAUGAUUUUGGAGCCGCUGCACUACUUAUGCUUGUGGGGUAUUUAGGAACGCAUGCCAAUAAGCCUCGUCUGAUGGGAGCAGGCAUGUUUUUGAUGUCUUUGGGAUGUCUUGUGUUCACACUACCACAGUUUAUCGGAGACAAAUACACGUAUACCAUAUCUAGCACAGCCGCAAAUUCUACGGAGAACGUCUGCUUCAUUUCUAACUCCAGCGAGGGAACUUGCUCAGUAAAAGAAUUCAAACAGAACUACAACGGCUAUUACUCAAUGUUGUUGAUAGGGAACGCUCUCAUCGGGAUAGGAGCAGUGCCCUCAUUCACACUGGGUUUGACGUACAUUGAGGAAAAUAGUAAAACUAGGGACUCUUCUCUUUACUUCGGAUGUGCGUUUUGUUGUGCGGCGAUUGGUGUUGCUGUAGGAUAUAUUGCAGGAGCACAGUCUUUAUCCAUAUUUGUAGACGUUGAUAAAAUAGACGUGAGCAGUCUAGCACUAACUCCGUUUAGCCCUCAGUGGGUGGGGGCGUGGUGGAUAUGUAUUUUUGCUGGAAUGGGGGGUUUCCUACUAGUUUUGCUUCCAAUUACCGGAUAUCCUCAAAGGCUUCCAGGUUAUGAUGAACUACAGAAGCUAAAGAUUUCGGAAGCUCACACCAAUUCGGAGAAAGUUUAUAAAGAAGAAGAGGGAUUCGGCAGGAGUAUAAAACAUUUACCAAAAUCACUUUGGCUACUGGUAAAAAAUCCCGCAUUCGUCUUUAUCAUCCUCGGAGGAACUGUGGAAAUCUUUAUCGUUGGUGGUUUAGCAACAUUCGGCGCAAAAUUGUUCCAAGAGUUUUUCAACGUGGAUAUUUUUGAGGCGGGAAAUCUAAUGGGUUUCAUCACCGUACCUGGAUCUGGUGGUGGCAUGUUGUUUGGUGGCUAUGUGGUGAAAAAAUUCAACCUGAGAUGCAGAGGUAUCAUUCGCUUCAGUUGCGCAUGUCUGUUCCUUUGCAUGUUGCUUGGUCCUGCCUUCCUGGCCAGUUGCCCGAGCCGACCAAUAGCUGGCGUGUCUACAUCAUAUCCAACAAAUAGCGAGUCCUCUCUCAUCUCUUCAUGCAACUCGAAUUGUGGGUGCACUACGGCGGGAUACGAACCUGUAUGCGACCAAAAUCAGAUUGUGUACUUCUCUCCGUGCCAUGCCGGUUGUACAAGUGUUACUUCAGUAAAUGGAACGAAGAUAUAUCAAGACUGCUCCUGUAUCAACAGGACUGCCGCAUCCAUGACAUUGACGAGCGGGACAUGUUCUGGAAAAUGCGUCUGGUUUUACAUCUUCUGCGUCUUGUUAUUUUUGAUGAUGUUUCUGACAUUCUCUACAACGUCACCGAUACUAACAGCUAUGUUCAGAUGCAUUCCACAACAGCAACGAUCACUUGGAAUAGGAAUACAGUUAACUUUUGGGCGUAUGCUCGGAACUACGCCUGGACCAAUAUUUCUGGGAGCUAUAUUGGACAGUACUUGCUCAGUGUGGCAGGAGACUUGUGGAGCACGAGGGUCAUGCUGGAUAUAUGAUAAAUGGCCGCUAGGUAUACGUCUUAUGCUGUGGUGGAUGGGCACAAAGCUGGUCGGGUUUGUCCUCCUUCUAAUUGCAUCCUUUGUUUAUAAACCGGAAGUAACACAAGAAACCCAAGAGACUGAGAAGUCAAAGAACAACAUAAUGGAGAGGACAGCGGCAGAUAAUCCGGUCUUCAGUGUGCUUGAUGAGGACAAUUAUAAUGUUAGGUUAUGAGGGAGAAAGAGAGAUGAUUUUGAAAUAUUUAUCAUUUGUUGUGAAUUUUCAGUUAUCGUCUUGCACUGAGAUUAUUUAUAGCUUUUCUUAUAAAUUGAUUUAUCAAAAAGCUCACUUUACUGGCAUGUCAUACAAAAUACAAAAAAGUUGGUGUUUUAACCCAGUCUGUGAUAAAGUCUAUCUCAUAGCUUUAGGUCCACUUAACAUUUGUAACCAGUUUGAAAAUUUAUUGCCUGAUGUCAUGAUUAAUUUCUAUAUGAUGUGUCAUUUGUUGUACAUCCCCGACAUUAGUCCGAAAAAUCUGACGUUUUUCUGGCUUUAUUUUAUGAUUUCGAUAUUUACCGUG